UCCCUUAGCCCACUUGAUUCUAGCAUCUACCAUACCGGCAUACCCGAUUGUGGGAGGCAGCAAUACCAAGAAGUGGGAGUAUGUAGAGAGACACAAGGAUCUGUACAAAGACGUGAUGAAGAAUCACCGGCCCCUCACAUCACUGGAUGGACCCAGUAACAGAGAUACCCCAGAGAGAUGUCCUCGUCCUCCUUAUUCCCAGGAUUGUACAGAGGAGAAUCACAGGAUUCCCCAGGAGGAUCAGGGGGAAAACCUGUCUAAUAUUAAGGUAGAAGAUAAAGAGGAAGAAGACAUGGAUGUGAGGGGUGAUCAGCAGUGUAAGGAGGAGGAAAUCCCUACAGAUAUCACCACAGCAGAUGGACACAAAAGCAUUAAUACGCCGGAGGGAUGUCUCAUUUUGUCUCAAGAUUUUAAAACCGAAGAUACCAAAUUCACAAGAUAUUCUCCAGAAGAAACCAGCAUUACCCUAACUAUAGAUCCAGAACUUCAAAGUGCAGAUAAAUCACUUGAUACCUCUAAUCUUGAGGACUGUUUUCCUGAUCACUCAAACAUUUCUACACCUAAUACAGCUCAUACAGGUGCUAACAUUUUUCACUGUUCUGAUUGUGGUAAUUUUUUUAUAGAGCAGUCAGUCUUUAUUAGGCAUCAGAGAACUCACACAGGUGAGAAGCCAUUUUCAUGUGCUCAGUGUGGGAAAUGCUUUACCCGGAAAUCACAUCUUCUAAUACAUCAGAUAAUUCACACAGGUGAAAAGCCAUUUCCAUGUUCUAAAUGCGAGAAAUGUUUUACACAUAAAUCAAAUCUUGUUAAACACCAUAGAAUUCACACAGGUGAGAAGCCAUUUCCAUGUUCUGAAUGUGAGAAAUGUUUUACACGUAAAUCAAGUCUUGUUAAACACCAUAGAAUUCACACAGGUGAGAAGCCAUUUCUAUGUUCUGAGUGUGGGAAAUGUUUUACAAACAAAUCAGAUCUUGUUACACACACGAGAACUCACACAGGUGAGAAGCUAUUUACAUGUUCUGAGUGUGGUAAAGGUUUUUUAAACAAAUCAUGUCUUGCUAUACAUAAGAGAAGUCACACAGGUGAGAAGCCAUUUCCUUGUGCUGACUGUGGGAAAUGUUUUGCACAAAAAUCACAUCUUGCCACACAUCAGAGAAGUCACACAGGUGAGAAACCAUUUGCAUGUUCUGAAUGUGGGAAAUGUUUUAUAGAGAGAAAAGCUCUUCUUGUACAUAAGAUAGCUCACACAGGUGAGAAACUAUAUCCAUGUUCUGAAUGUGGGAAAUGUUUUAACCGGAAAGCAUAUCUGAUCAUACAUGGGAGAAGGCACACAGGUGAGAAACCAUUUUCAUGCUCUGAGUGUGGGAAAUGUUUUGCACAUAAAACACAUCUUGCAACACAUCAGAAAAUUCACAUAGGUAAGAAACCAUUUACAUGUUCUGUAUGUGGUAAAUGUUUUAUAGAGAGAAAACGUCUUGUUGUACAUCAGAGAAGUCACACAGGUGAGAAACCAUUUCCGUGCUCUGAGUGUGGGAAAUGUUUUAUAGAGAAACAAACUCUUGUUAAACAUCAGAGAACUCACACAGGUGAGAAACCAUUUUCAUGCUCUGAGUGUGGGAAAUGUUUUACCCAGAAAUCAGAUCUUAUUAGACAUCAGAGUACUCACAAAGGUGUGAAACCAUUCUAAUUAGCAUGUCCUGAGGGGGUUAUUCAGAUUGGUUAGCAAGACAAAAAAAGUUAGCAGUUGGGCAAAACCAUGCUGCACUGCAGGGGGGGGGGGGGGCAGAUGUAACUUGAGACUUUAGUGGGUUAUAUUUUUUCUGUGCAUGUUAAAUACUGUCUGCUUUAUUUUACACUGCUAUUUUGAUUUCAGGUUGAACAUACCGCACCCAAAUCUUAAGCUAGGUACACACUAAACAAUUAUUGGGCCGAUUUGCCAAUAAUUGGGUGCACAUGGUUUUGCCCAAUUGUUAACUUUUUUGGUUUGCUAACAAACCUGAAUAACUCCCUGAGUGUGUUAAAUUGCUCACACAGAUGUUUUUCUUAGACACAAGAAAAUAAAUUUAAUUGAGCUGAUAGACAUCAAUCAUUGUUACUUCUACCUAAAUAUAAUUAAUGUUGAAAUGAUUAACAUUAAUAAAUAGACAUAAUUACAA